GCCGCCCGCCGUAUAAAGCCAGGCUGCCGUCAUGCCAGGCGUCUGAGCGAGGCAGCGGGAGCCAGCCGGGACGGGGGGGUUUGCUUUCUUGCUUUCCCGACGGAGCAGCUCAUGGCUUCGGUGUUCAUGUGCGGGGUGGAGGAUCUGCUGUUCAGCGGGAGCCGCUUCGUGUGGACGGUGACGGUGGCAGCGCUCAGGCGAUGGUACGCUGCCCGGCUGCGGGCGUGCCGGCAAGCCCUGCGAGCCUGGUGUGGCCUCCGGGAUGUCUACCAGAUGACAGAGGGCCGGCACUGCCAGGUGCAUCUCCUCGAUGACAGGAACUUGGAGCUGCUGGUUCAGCCCAAACUUUUAUCUAGGGAGUUACUGGAUCUGGUGGCCUCACACUUCAACCUGAAAGAAAAGGAGUAUUUUGGGAUAACCUUUAUCGAUGAUACAGGUCAGAGUGUGUGGCUGCAGCUGGAUCAUCGUGUCCUGGACCAUGACUUGCCCAAGAAACCAGGACCGGCAACUUUGUAUUUUGCUGUUAGGUUCUACAUUGAAAGCAUUUCCUUUCUCAAGGACAAAACUACAGUAGAGCUGUUCUUUCUGAAUGCCAAGUCAUGUGUACACCAGGGGCAGAUCGAGGUGGAGAGCGAGACCGUCUUCAAGUUGGCCGCGCUGGUGCUGCAGGAAGCUAAAGGGGACUAUUCCAGUGAUGAAAACACUAGAAAAGACUUGAAGACGCUGCCAGUCUUUCCCACCAAGACGCUGCAGGAGCAUCCAUCGCUCGCUUACUGUGAGGACAGAGUAAUUGAGCAUUAUACACAGAUUAAAGGUCUGACCAGAGGACAAGCCAUCGUUCAGUACAUGAAAGUGGUGGAAGCUUUGCCAACAUAUGGAGUUCAUUACUAUGGAGUAAAGGAUAAACAAGGAAUCCCGUGGUGGCUUGGAAUAAGUUACAAAGGAAUCGGCCAGUACGACUUACAAGACAAAGUUAAGCCCAGAAAACUAUUUCAAUGGAAACAGCUGGAAAAUCUCUAUUUCCGUGAGAAGAAAUUUGCUGUGGAAGUACACGAUCCCCGCAGAAUUUCAGUGUCGAGAAGGACCUUUGGCCAGAGUGGACUGGUAGUGCAGACCUGGUAUGCAAACACUUCCCUGAUCAAGUCCAUCUGGGUGAUGGCAAUCAGUCAACACCAGUUUUACUUGGACAGAAAGCAAAGCAAAGCAAAAAUUCCUUCAGCCAGAAGUUUGGAUGAUAUCGCCAUGGAUCUGACAGAGAUGGGAACACCAAAAGUUUCAAAGCUGGUGACUCUGGAGGCCAAGAACCAGCUUAUCAUGGCCAGCAAUGGCAGUUUGAUCUCAUCAGGCUCUCAAGAUUCAGAGGUCAGUGAAGAACAAAAGAAGGAGAAAAUUAUGGAACUAAAAAAGAAAGAGAAACUCCUUCAGGAAAAACUGCUUCAGAAAGUUGAGGAGCUGAAGAAAAUCUGCCUGCGAGAGGCGGAGCUGACGGGGAAGAUGCCCAAGGAGUAUCCUCUGAGUGCUGGAGAGGAACCUCCCCAGGUGAGGAGGCGUGUUGGCACAGCGUUCAAGCUGGAUGACAACCUGCUCCCAAGUGAAGAGGAUCCUACUUUGCAGGACUUGGAGAGCAAUUUUAUCAUACACCAAAAGCUGGUGGAAGCUGCAAAGAAACUUGCCAGCGAGCCAGACCUCUGCAAAAAUGUGAAGAAGAAAAGAAAACAAGAGUAUGCUGAUGCUGUAAAAAAGCUGCAAGAGAUAGAAAAUUCCAUAAAUGAAUAUAGAAUCAAGUGUGGCAAAAAACCAACCCAGAAAUCAACUCUUGCUCUACCAGAUGAUAUAAUUCCAUCUGAGAGCAGCUCCCUGUCUGACACAACCACCUAUGACGAUGUCAGUGAAUCGCUUCCUGUGGCAGCACAGAGACCCAGCUCUGCACAGCUUUCUCCAAGGCUUCCUCCACCCAAGUCCCUCGGGGUGGAGAGAAUUCAUCUCAGAAAGUCGUCCAUAAACGAGCAGCUCUUGGAAACCAGACACUCCAGGGACGUGCUCUCGACCCACAGCAGCCCUUACCGGACACUGGAGCGGCCGCCCCAGCCCCACGGCGGGAGGAGCAUGCCCACAACCCCUGUGCUCACACGAAAUGCCUACAGCAGCAGUCACUUACAGCCAGAUGUUUCCCCACACCACUGCCGGCAGCGCAGCGGGAGUCUGGAAUCCCAAACCCACCUGCUCUCCGAGACUCCUGCUGAAAAGUCAGCCUUCACCCUCUCCAAGUCGCAGCGAAGCAGCAGCACGGAGAUCCUCGACGACGGAUCAUCCUACACGAGCCAGUCCAGUGCAGAGUAUUACUGCGUGACACCCACUCCCAAUCCAUAUUACACUACUCAGACACUCGACAACAGGACCAGGGGUCGAAGACGGUCGAAGAAACACAACAUUUCCGCUGCAAAUUCAGGCAGUAUGCCAAACCUCACCCAUAAGGAUGUCCGCAACGGUGUCUACCACAAAAAUCAGGAGCAGCCUUCCUCUAACUACUAUAUCUCUGGAUAUUCCCCGUACGCCGAGCCCGACGUUUAUUACAAUGGAGGGUAUGUCUAUGAGAGUGACACGGAGGGGCAGUACAGCGUCAAUCCCUCCUACCGCUCAUCGGCCCACUACGGAUACGACCGGUACAGGGAGUUCAGGUCUUACCACGAGGACGAGGUGGACAGAGUGCCACACAACCCCUACGCAACCCUGCGGCUUCCCAGGAAGCAGGUUGCUAAAACGGAGCACAUAACCAAAAACAUUCACAAGGCCUUAGUAGCAGAGCACCUCCGUGGUUGGUACCAACGUGCCUCCAGCCAGAAGGAGCAGGGUCACGGCCUGCAGGCAGGCUUUGAGUCUGACAGAGGAUCUCAGAGGAGUUUGGGCUUUGCUGGUCUGCAGACGCCGUGCUCUCCGAGCAGUCGGGUGUCGUCUUUCUCUUCAGCAUCUUCUGCAAACACUGCUGGGAACUGGAGAAACCCAGUUGCACUGGGACUUUCAGACUAUGAUACGUUGUCUCAUUCCUCUUAUGCCAGCUGUUAUGGGAAUGUUUAUGGCAACCUUCCUUUGCAGAGCAGGACGUACCCAGAGCCGAGCCAGCUGGGUGCUGACGACGAGGAUCGCUUGGGAGAAGACUUGCCCAGCAGCGAGCAGAGGUUGUUCUGGCACGAGGACUCCAAGCCCGGGACGCUCGUGUAGCCCCCCCAUGGCCCCACAUUCCUACCCCCCGCGUGCCUUGCACAAAACGCUGUGACUCCAAGGAGGGUCUUGGGUGGAACUCCCGAACUGAACAAAAAGAGGAAGCAGGCUGGUUUUUUUUUUGGUUUUUUUGGGUUUUUUUCGCUGGGAAAGAUCAAAAUCAGCAUUAGGAGGGACUGUAGCAAACUGACAAAAGUCUUACGGCGAAUGGCAUUUCGUUGUGAAUCCGGAUGGCCCACGAGAGCCAGGGCAAGCCACAGUUCAUCCAAGACUAGAUGCAGCACUUGGUUGAAGUAUUUAUAUUUAGCAAGCACUUUUUUGGGAAGGUUGGAAGAUGUUGAAGGCAAACCUCAGAGGGAAAAAAAAAGAAAAAAAAUGUGAAAAGAAGACUCUUAUGGGAAAACCGGGAAUUCUAGGAGCACAAUUCUGAUGUCUGAAAGAAGAAGAAAAUGAAAAUUUAUUCUGCCAUGGCUUAUGAUGACCUGGAAGGACUUUCAUAGGCUUAUGAAGGAUAGAUACUGUGUGUGUGAGUGAGGCAAAGGGUGACUGAAUCAGUAUUGGAACACUACUUGAAGGAAGGCUGGGGUUUUUUUUUGUUAUGGAGGUUUGAAUGAGUUUAUCCAGUUUUUGAGGUGUUGUUAGGAGUGUUUGUUAGCACCACAAGCAAGUUCUGGAGAGAAAACUUGCUGACAAAAUAUGUCAUGUAAAACUGUAGGCGGUUGUGGAUUUGGGAAACAGAAGCAGUAAACUUGAACUCUCUUUUCCAUGAUAAAGCAUCAUUAGUAACAACCCUUUUAAUGACCCUUCCGUGGUACAACUGUGUGGAGGAGUAGGCAAAUUUUCACAGUGGCUGCAUGGUGACCCCUGUUCAUCGGGUGACAAUUCCAUGUUACUCUGUCUCAGUGGAUUGAGGAUCCACGGGUGGGGAGCUCCAGUGAUCGCACAGGGAACAGUUUGGUAGUAGUGGCCAGUAUUUUAAGGUGGAUGCAAUCACAAACAGCCAAGUGGGUGCCUUAAACUGAGGGGCAUUAGGAUUGUACCGCGAGCCAUCUGAACAGCCAGGUGCGUUGCAAAGUCACUAAGUGACAGAACAGCAUUUUCACAAAACCAUUUGUGUAGGGGGGGGGAAAACGUGACUGCAGUCUUGAUUGAAGAGGGAUAAACCUACCUCACGUCAUCCAUCUGUAGGAACAAAUUGGCAUUUGGGUUAUCCUGCGAGAUUCCCAGGGCCUCGUCUGCAUACGGUAAAAUCUCUCUCGUUACUCAGCCGUACUGUGCUUCGGGAUUCCAGAAAUGGUGCUCUUUUGUUCUUUUAUACAAAGGAUUAGUUACUCCUUGUUCAUAUUGUGAAUAGAAAAAGUUUCUGAUAAACUUUUUUGACGUUUUUUUACCAAUAUUCCAGAGCAUGUAAUAUAUACAGAAGGACACUCUUGUUAAGCUGGUACUUAGUCGUUUGUAUUAUUAGAGUCGCGAUUUGGAAUUAAACGAACAAAAACAGAAUAAAAAAAUAACUUAUUUCCUUGGUUUUGCAUAUUUGUAUAGCCUUCUAGAAAUGCGAAAGCUCUUUUUGCUUAUUCUUUUACUACUUCUGAAUUUUUUAGACCUAUUAUUUUGUAUAGGU